UUGUGUCUUAUUGUGGAGGGGCCGCUUAUGGGGAGAGCCAGGCUCAGGAACACAGCACAGGUGGUGGCGAGCAGAUGACCGUGGUCUGAAUCUCUGGGGAUAGCGGGAGCCUAGCGCUCUUCCUAUGGAAGCCUUUCCAAGACAUGGGGACCAGGGCUCUGCUUGGGAAUCUCGUGCACGGUGGCCUGGGUGGGGGUGGAGCAGGAGCUUCCCUGCCUCUGGAGCCCUCCACUGGGGGUCCAAUGGUGCAGGAGGAAAGAGACCCAGAGGAGUCGUGGUGGUGGCCAGGCGAGGGGCCCGGGGAUCAAGAAUAAAGAGUGCAAACAACCCCCAAGUGGUGCUGGGGAGCACUGCAUGGAGGGGCAGCAUGCACAGGGGGCAGUAGGGUGGGGAGUCUGUGGACAUCACCCCAGUGCAGGUGUUUGUGGUCACCAGACAUUUGAGGCACCAUUGGCAUCACCUCUACAUGCAAGGCAGAGUGUUGGGGUACACAGUGCACCCUAGCAGACAUGGCCUGCACCCCAAGAAGUGCCUCCUGCCUUCGACCCUCACUUCUCAGGCCACACCCAGCAGCGUCCCCUGCUGAGGGCACAGUCCUCAUGGAGAUCUCCAGUUUGGGAACCUAGGAAGAGGGGACUCAGGACAUGAUUUAGGGGAGAGAAGACUUUCUACAUGGAACUGGUCAGGACAGGAGGGGGUCCCAUGGGUCCUGGAGCCCUGGUACAAACUAGCGAGGGCUCUGCCGCUAGCCCCCAUGUCCUCUGGUGCAGGGCGCAACCUGUGCAGCCUGAUAAUCUUGGUUGAAGGCUGUGGAUGACAAAAAGGGCCUCUGUCGUGCCUGGUCCCUCACACAUCAUGGUGAGGGUAUGGGAGUCCAGCCUGGGCUGAAGGGCUGUGGGGCAUGGAGGGGAAAAGGUGGAGAAGCCUCUGGCCAGGCCAGGGAAAGUCAUCCUGAGUAGCUGACUUGGGGCUGCAGGCCUGCCACCCUUACCCGCAGAAGGAGGCUGUGUGCGGACUACUUCAUUCUCUCAGCAGUUGUCAUGUGGCCUGACGAGGGACUGAGGCAUAGCAGGGUAAAGUGACAGGUCAGCAGGAGGGGAGGGUUUUUAAUCUCAGCCCCAGAGCACCAAAACCCAUGUCUCCUGAGGCAUCGCUGAGCUGUCAUGAAUAGCUCAGGUGACCGGCCUUAUAGUGCCCAACUCCAGCAAUGAGCUUGUCAGGGUUCCAGCUGAGCCCAGAGAGAGAUGGAGGCCGUCCCUAGGGCUGGACCCCCUUUCUGUGCUGCAUGGGCUUUUUCUUAAGCGGCCAUGCUCCCAGGAAGGACCGUUGGUCCUGGGACAGCCUUUCUGCAUUACGGCAAAAUCCACCUGCCCGCCCAGGGGCGUCUGCUAUGCAUGGAAGCUGGAAUCUGACCCCUGGGGAUGGCGUCAGGCCCGGUCUCCAUGGCAGCUGUGGAUUUAUUACCGGGGCCUCCACCUAGCUGGCAGGACUUGGGACUUGAGGCUGGAGGAAAGGGAACCUAGCGUCACUGUGUUCUGUGAACGGCCACAGAGCCCCACUAUGGCCAAGUUUUUUUCCCAGGACCAGAUUAAUGAGUACAAGGAAUGCUUCUCUCUCUACGACAAGCAGCAGAGGGGGAAGAUAAAGGCCACUGACCUCCUGGUAGCCAUGAGGUGCCUGGGGACCAGCCCAACACCAGGGGAGGUGCAGCAGCACCUGCAGACUCACAGGAUAGACAGAAGUGGAGAGCUGGAUUUCUCCACCUUCCUGACCAUCAUGCAUACACAAAUAAAACAAGAGGACCCAAAGAAAGAAAUUCUUCUGGCCAUGUUGAUGGCGGACAAGGAGAAGAAAGGUUACAUCAUGGCAUCUGAGCUGCGGUCAAAACUCAUGAAACUCGGGGAGAAGCUCACCCACAAGGAAGUGGAUGAUCUUUUCAAGGAAGCAGAUAUUGAGCCAAACGGCCAAGUGAAGUAUGACCAAUUUAUCCAGAAGAUCACCAUUCCUGUGCAGGACUACUGACGAACAGACUGACAGCCUCCAUGCACCUGAAAACCUGGACCAAUAGAUGUUUAAAAAUGAGUGAGCUUUUCACUCUAGGGAGAUGGUGAGCACAGUGGCAAGAUGACAUUGCCCAGCUGUAGCCGGGGGUAACUAGCAAUAAAUGGUUUCAGCCAUAGCAUUGACAUGUCUUUAUGAAAGGUCUGUACUGACUGUAGUAACAACCUAGUCCAGCCCUCUGCAGUGUGGAGUCAGGUCUGCCUUCCAGUCCUGGCCCUGCCACUUCAGGGUUGUAUGACUUUGAGGAGAUCACUGUACCUCACAAAGCCCCAGUUCCUUGCCAAGGCUGGAUUCUCACGUCUUACCCCAUGAUCCAUUAAGGAUGAAGAUUGUGACUUAAAGAGUGCUUGGCAACCUGUAGAGGCAGUGUGGAACCCGAGUGCCACAGUAGUGUUUCUCCUAGGAAAACAGUCUACUAGAAGACCGUGCUCUAUAGCGGGGUGCUGGAACUGCCUGCCAUACCUGCUAGGUAAAGCCAGUGCAAAGGGCAAACAAACCACCACAGCAGUUCACACAGCACCUUAGGCCCCCUUAGAAAUUCUCAUUCCCAUGUCCUAGUUUGGGACACUCUCAUGAGUUUAAAUGAACACACACCCAUACUAGAAUGAACCUAGCACCAGCUGAGUAGUGGGAAGGCUCUAACCUUACACCCCAGACCAGCGGGAACCAGAGGGCUGCGCCAUGGCCUUCACUCUAGGCAGCCCUUUCUGAUGCUCCUUGCAGAACCUGGAGCUAUACCCUGGAUCUGUUGUGAGGCAGAGGUUCCAGAAACAAGGAUGGUCUGCCAGAGGGACCCAGGAUCACAACCUUGAGCCUUCCCCCAGGUCUAAGACAGAGAAACAGGAGUGUGUGCCAAUCAACACCAGAACACAAGUCCUGGAAAGCAGUGGUGGGGACCAGUCCUUCUGGGAGCCCUUCUGGCUCAAGUGGCCAAGCGUGUUCCUCAGCCAGGAGCACCAGGCUGUGUGCUUGUGAAAUGAGCCACAAGCAUGGGCAGGGUGGGCAGAGCUUCAAAUACUAAGAUUUUCAUCCUUUUAUUACCAACAUUGAGCCACAGCUUUGUCUAAUGGUGCCUUACUGGCUAACGCAAAGCCUAUUAAGAAGGGGUAUGUCUUCUGUGAGACACAAAUCUGUUACUAAGAGCAGGCACUGGGAGGACUGCAGGACAGUCACAGUCUUAGUUCAACUACGUCACCAAUGCCACAUGGCUUCAGACAAACAGGUCCUGAGAAAUGUGGGCCCGCUUCCCAACCGUCCACACUCUCAACAGUACAACUUGAUGGGAGCAGGACAGUCCCAAGAGUGCACAGAAGAGUUUUUUGGGUCCCAAACAUCUGCUAGGUGAAGUUGUGAUCGCCCAGCUGGGGACAGGGGCAGGGGUUCGCACAGUACAGGGGGAGAUCCAGGUUGCCCUGGGUCUGAGGCCUUCUUUAACACAAAGCUAAGCCUCACACGGUGGCCAAACCUGAGGUUCCAGCACCUGGGAAGCUGAGGCAGGAGAAUCGGGAGCUCAAGGCCAGCCUGGACUACAUAGCGAGACACUGUCUCAAAACAACAACAAAUAAAGUAAAAUAAAAACAAUUUCUAGGCUGCUUUUGGGAUUAAAGAGGCCAGACCCACACCUCUUACUGAGUCACCGUCAGCCAAUCUGGAAUUGGCAAGAGAGAUGCUGCUGCUGCUGCUGCUGCUCUGGCUGUGGAAAAGUGAGCAUGCCUUCCCCUCAACUUCUUGAUGUCUGUACCACUGACUGGCCCUGUACGGUUCUAAAGCAAGUGCAGUCAAUUUCAUUUGCCCAACAGGAACCCGAGUUCAGCUUGCCAAACACAGCCAGCGUGCGGUGGUUAGCAGAACCUGGGCUUCUCUCCCCAGACUCCAGUCCUAAUCAAGGGUGCUUGGUGGCUGGAGUUCUGAUUUAAACCUCUACCCCAAGAGCUUUCUCUAUCCUGGCUUCAUGCUCAUUCCUGAAAUUCCAGUUGAUUUACCUAACACCUGGGGCUGUUUACAAAAAAAGGCCACAGGGCUCUUAGCACUCCAACUGCAGAUUAAAUAGAUUUUAAACCACCAAACAGAUACUGUGGCUCUCUACAGAGCUAGUCCUAUUUCAAUCAGAAAGGGAAAUGUGGCGGCAUAUUACCUACCUCAAAGCAUGCUGCAAGAGCAUCAGUUACUUGUCAUGCUUUGAAGUCUCUGGAGGAAAGGGGCUGUGGAAACACAAAGCAUUAGCACUUUUCUCAAGGGGACUGUCCCCCUGUAUACCCAGUGGCAUUAUUUUACAGAAGACAAAUUAACUGAAGGCUUUUCUUUUAUUACAUCUAAAGAGCUCUACAUAAACAGGUAACAUUCAGUAGGUAAACAGUUCUUCUGCGAUGCAUGUAAUAAAUAUUUCACUUGGUACUUUUAUACAAACUGACAUUGGUCUAGUAUACAUCUUCAGAAGCCAUUUUACUGGUUUGGCAUGCGGUACAGAAAUUCUAGGAGAGAAAGUUUUAAGGCAAUGAAUCACAGAUUUAAGUUCAUGGAAUUUAUGGUAACUUUUUUUAUCUGUUUAUAUACAUUUCCCCCUCUGUUAAUUAAACAGCAGCACGCUCUGGGACCACCAGCUAUUCUUUCCCCUCUUUCUGAAAU